AUGGCUGCUCCGACUCCGUAUACCGCCCCCGCCUGGGCUGAGGGGAUGCAAAAGUACCGGGCCCCUUCGCUCUUCCAACCGCACCGCGUUCGUGAUGUGAUCCGGGACGCCCACGAGAAGAAGAUCCCAGCUCUCAUCGGAUACUAUUCCGGCCUCAGCUCCAUCCCCUUGGUGCGCUUCAUCGCCCCCAUGGGAUUCGACAUGAUCUGGCUCGACUGGGAGCACACCCCCUGUGACGUCGAGACUAUGACCACCAUGGUCCACGAGAUUGCGUUUAUGAGCGAAGGACGCACGAUCCCCUUUGUACGGAUUCCCGGUCAUGAUCACGCCGCCAUCGGCUAUGUGCUCGACGCCGGCGCCAGCCUCGUCAUUCCCCAAAUAGAAACUGUCGAGCAGGCCAAGCACGUCGUCUCGGCGGCCAAGUUCGGCUCCCGGCAAAACGGGACACGGUCGGUCCCGCCGUUCCGUCUGAUCGCCGGCGUCUCGGACGCACCUUUAGAUGGCAAGCGCGACGUGUGGCAAAACGUCAACGACCAGGCCGCCAUCAUGAUUCAGAUCGAGUCGCUCGAGGGCAUCAACAACCUGGACGAUAUCUUGACCGAGGUCCCGGACAUUGACGUCGUCUGGCUCGGCUCGCUGGACUGCCGCAUCAGCAUGAAUCUAGCCCCCCAGUGGGGUCAGGGUAACGAACCGGAGUGGCUGGCUGCUGUGGACAAGUUCACCGCCACUCUUAAGAAACACAACAAGCCCCGCGCUGGGUUCUGCCUCGAAGCCGGCGAGAAGCUGGCCAAGGCCGCGGAGGAUAAUGUCAUUCUGCUGCAUGCCGGCGAUCUGCUCAAGGUCUCGGAGCUGCCGCAUCAGCUCGCAGCCGCAAAAGACGCCGUGGUGUUGAAGAACUAG